UAGUGUGUACAGUUUUAAGUCAAUGUCAAAUUGUCAGUGUCAUUCUCACAAACACCGAGUGAGUUUUUAUAAAAAUAAUAAAACAUACCAUACAUAACAUUAUCAAUAACACUCCGUAACAAGUUAACAACAAGAGUUACUGAACUUAUCUGUAUAAUAAUUAAUAACCCAGUUUUACGUUUAGGUAUCUAAAUGUUUUUUCGGCUUAUAAGUAGUGGGUUGUUGCUGCGUGUAUCAAACGUUUUGGGUACCAGUAUGUUGCCCGCAGGACCUAAGCAGUGUAGCACAACGCGCCUGCGAUACUUAACACAGAAGGAAGCUAUCGCUUUAGACGAGGAUUUAUUUAAUGAAUACAAGUUCAGUGUAGAUCAGCUGAUGGAACUCGCUGGGCUCAGUGUCGCUACGGCUGUUUCACGCACUUUUCCAGUGUCUACGCAUCCAUCAGCAUUAAUCAUAUGUGGACCUGGUAACAAUGGAGGAGAUGGACUAGUGGCAGCUCGUCACAUGUCAUUAUUUGGUUACAAUGUUUCAGUACACUAUCCAAAACGCACCCCAAAGCCCUUAUAUGAAAACCUGUUGUCACAAUGUGUAGCAUUUGGAGUAGAUAUAGUGGACAAUCUGCCACCACCAAAGGAACUGUGUGACCACUACCAAGUGCUUGUUGAUGCCCUCUUUGGGUUUAGCUUUAAACCUCCUGUGAGAGAAGAACUCAAACCAGCCAUGAAUGCCUUGAUUGAAGCUACUAUACCAGUUUGCAGUGUGGAUAUUCCAAGUGGAUGGCAUGUAGAAACUGGUCCAGGUACUGGUAAAGCACUCAAACCUGCUCUUCUUAUAUCUCUCUCAGCACCAAAGAUGUGUGCCCAGAGUGAAUUCAUUUUGGAUGCCAAACAUUACCUUGGAGGAAGAUUUUUGCCACCUGGUAUUUUGCAAAAAUAUUUCCUAAGGCUACCACCAUACCCAUGUGAAGACCAAGUGGUGCUGCUCUCUUGUUAAAACUAAAUAAUGGUGCAAUAAAAUUGUUUUCUUUUUAUCACUAUGGUAUUUGGUACAUUGUGUAUACACCUACCCUUAUUUAUGACUGUGUAGAGUUUUUUAAUAUACAUAUUUUUUUCAA